UCUGGUUAUCACAUCCGCCUCACAGUUAUGAGGACUGCGGUUCAAAUCCCGGGUACUCCGGUUUCUUCCCACAUCCCAGAAACAUCCACGGGGCAUGUGCAGAUUCCGUCCCGGAGAUAGAAACAGUCACGAUCCACCUACAGGAGGGGAUGGUCCUCGACUGCUUGUGCCCCUGGGACGGAAACCUCACUAUGGUGUCAUGGACCAAAGACCCAGACACCAAUUCCAUAGCUGUUUUCCACCCAGAGUACGGAAUAGCCACCACUUACCAUUACCGAGAGCGGAUCGAGUUCUUGAGAGCCACGCCUAUGGACGGAAGCAUAUCCAUGAAGAACGUCACCCACCAGGACAUUGGGGUUUAUCACUGCUCUGUUCAGACUUUCCCCCAAGGCCCCUGGAUCAGGAACAUUCAGAUGAGCCUCCAGAAGAAGACGAUAAAGAAGACAAUGCUGAGGUCAUGGAGGCAGACGUGCAUGUGACAGCAGAACCCAGCAGCAACCUCACCAUCGAGUGCAACCACGAGCGCAACGACACGACCGUCCACCAAGCCGUAUUGGAGUACAUGGCGCUCGGUCAACCGUGGGUCAUCAUCGGCAUCUGCAAGCGGGUGGAGGGUGGCGUGCUGAUGGAAGACUACAGCGAGCGUGGUCGGAUCAUCUGCGAACAAAGCCUGGAUGUCAAUCUGCAACUGACUCCUGUAGUGCAGGAAGAUGGUGGCUUAUACCGCUGCAGCUUCAGCACGGACGUCGGCCUGCAGACCAACACUGUCAUGGUCACAGUGCCCCCGUCAGGUGGCUUCAGACUGUCCGUGUUUAUGAUGUAUGUUUACUUGGCGAUUGCAACUGCUGGACUGAUUUUACUGACUUUCCUCCUCAUCAUCUUGUUGACACGGAGGAAGAAGAGCAGACGAGAAGAGAGUAGAGAUAAACUGCACCCGUCUCACACACAGAGAUGGCGGCGGUGGUGGGCGAGGGAGGUUUGCGGACAGGUCUACUGAGACGUGAACCACAUGGACUGACAGAGCCAUCUUUAAAGUGCAUUCCCCCUUUCGUGAUGAUCAACAAUAUUUUUAAGAGAAUGCACCACGUGUUCAUUGACUGUCUUUUUAAGGGUGUGUGCCAUUGUCCAGGUCACAUGCUUUGAUUGGCUAAAACAAAAUAAAAAGACUUGAGACUACUGCUACAUGAGAGAACAUUCAAGUUUAUUACCUCUGUUGUCAAAAAACAUAUUUACAUUGAGUGAAAACUGCAACAUAAUGAAAGUGCUAUUGAUGUAUUCUGACCACACAAAACAAACAUGACAUCUAUAGAUUUUCUUAAAUAAAACACACACACACAAUAAAGUGACACAUGGGGUGGGAACUGCGGCAUAAUUAAGUGCUUGUACAUUUCUAUCAAGUCCUACAGGCUUUGUGUCUACACAAACUAAAUAAUAACAUUCAAAUAAAUUGCCAGCAAAGGACUGAAAAUCUUGUCAUGAUGUCAUCAUUUCUGGAUUUUGCACUAAAG